AGCUAUAUUGGAAUUGAAGCCCAUUUCCAGCUGAAAAAAAGGAGAGCUGAGCUAGAUUGGAAUUCCAGCUGAACUGAAGCCCAUUUCCACCUAAAUUGGAAUUCCAUUUCCAGCUUGAGCUAGAAUUGGAAUUGAAGCCCAUAACCGUCUCCCCUCGCAAGGAGGUCGCGGCGACUCCCGCCGUUGUACCGCUCCCCAAAAUGGCGUCUCCUCCCCUCCCCUACUCAACCUCGCCCACCCACCCGCCGAGGUAGCUCCGGCGACGGCCUCUUCCCCACCGCCGGCGAAACCCACAAAAAACUUCGGGCUCCCGCGAGGCCGUGAUGCCCCACCACGCUCCGCCCGCGCGGCCUCCUCCGCCUUCCCCGGGCACAGGGGCGGCGCCGCCGCCCCGGCCGGCGUGGAACACGAACCGCAACCUGGUGGUGACCCACCCGCUGCUCGCCCUUCUCGAGUCCUGCGCCUCCUUCCCGCGCUUCCUCCAGCUGCACGCGCUGCUCACCGUCUCCGGCCUCGCCGCGGGCCGCUUCCCGGCGUCCCGCCUCCUCGCCUUCUGCGCCCUCUCCACGCCGCCCCGCGUCGGCCACGCCGCCGCCAUCCUCGCCCGCGCCCCCGCCCCCGGCCCUAACGCCUACAUGCUCGCCACCAUGAUGCGCGCCUUCCUCCGCGCCCGCCUCCCGCGCCGCGCCCUCGCGCUCUUCCGCCGCGUGGUCCGCCAAGCCCUCCCCGCCGACGCGCGCACGCUCGUCUUCGCGCUCAAGGCCGCCGCGGCCGCCGAGCACGGGCCGUCGUCCGCGGGCGGGGAGGGCGUCCACUGCGUCGCCCUCAAGUGGGGGUUCGUCGGCCGGAGCGUGCUCGUCGGGAACGCGCUGGUGCACCUCUACGCGGACCACGGGUCGUUGGCGCGUGCGCGGAGGGUGUUCGACGAAAUGUCCGAGAGGGACGUCGUCUCCUGGACGACCAUGGUGGACGGGUACGCGCGGAGAGGGAUGGCUGACGAUGCCUGGCACGUGUUUUGCAGGAUGGUGGUGGCCGGGGGCCAGCAGCCGAAUGAGGUGACGCUGGUUGCGGCGCUGUCGGCGAUUGGGCAGAUGGGACUGCUAGCGCUGGGAAGGAGGGUGCAUAGUUAUGUUGCAGAGGGUGGUGUGGGUGGAAGUGUUAGCUUGGCGAAUGCGCUGAUCGACAUGUUUGGGAAAUUCGGGUGCGUGCCCUCUGCCAGGGAGGUUUUCAACGGCAUGGCGGCCAAGGAUGUGUACUCCUGGACGACCAUGGUUAACGUUUAUGCAAAGUGUGGUCACCUGGAGAGUGCAGCUCAGCUGUUUGAGGAUAUGCCUAGGAGGAACGCAGUUUCUUGGAGUUGCAUCAUCGCUGCUUACUCGCAGGCAAAUCAGCCUGAGGAAGCAGUGAGGUUGUUUAAAAAGAUGAUUGAAGAAAAUGUUGAGCCGAUUAACGCUACCCUUGUGAGUGUGCUUCCGGCGUGUGCUCAGUUGGGUUGCCUGGAUCUUGGUAGGUGGAUAUAUGAUAACUACAUUGUCAGUGGCAAGGCUGUACUUACCGUAAAUUUAUGCAAUGCAUUCAUUGAUAUGUAUGCAAAAUGUGGAGAUUUGGAUGCAGCAUCAAGGUUAUUUGCUGAGAUGGGAGAGAGAAAUGUAGUGAGUUGGAAUUCGAUGGUCAUGGCCCAUGCUGUGCACGGUCAGUCUGAAGAAGUCCUUCAUCUCUUUGAGCAGUUGAAAGGAACAGGUAUUCUGCCUGAUGAGAUCACAUUCCUUGGGCUACUUUCUGCAUGCAGUCAUAGUGGGUUGGUUUCAGAAGGGCGUCGGUAUUUUAAAGAAAUGAAAAUGGGCUAUCAGAUUGAACCCAAAGCAGAACACUAUGCAUGCAUGAUCGAUCUUUUGGGGAAAAGUGGACUUCUUGAAGAGGCACUUGAAGUUGCAAAUGGUAUGCCAAUGGAAGCUGGUGAGGCCGGUUGGGGUGCUCUUUUGAAUGCAUGCAGAGUGCAGGGCAAUGUAGAGAUUGGUGAAUGCGCUGCAGAUAAGCUAGUAAAACUCGAUCCAUUGGACAGUGGAAUCUAUGUACUUAUGUGCCAAAUAUAUGCAAAUAAAAGUAAAUGGGAUCAGGUGAAGAUGCUGAGGAUGUUGAUGAGAGAUAGAGGGGUAAAGAAGAAUCCUGGAUAUAGUUCUAUUGAAGUGGAUGGAAAAUUUCAUGAGUUUUUGGUGGCAGAUGUUUCACAUGUUCAGUCAGAAGAUAUUUAUGCAGCAUUGAAUAACAUUUAUUUCCAUUUAAAAUUGGAAGGUUAUGUUCCUCUAACUUGACAUGAGUGUGGUGGCAAUGCUUUCGUCCUUGUUCAUGCACCUCAUAAUAGCCAUGGCUGUAGAUAGAAAACAAAAACUUGGCAACAGACAGCAUUUCAUAUAUUUAAAGCUCAGCUUCGUGCAAUUGUGCUGUACAUAGUUUUGACCUGCUGUGAUACAUUCAGUCCAUUCAAUGGCUCAAGAAAGAGAUGAAUUGCCUAUGUCUUAAAAAGAAAUUCAUGGACAGGAAAAGGGCCAUUCUGAUUUGUUAUGCAGUAGUCUAGGUUUGAUCAGAUUUUGUCAUGUGGAGAAACUAUUAUACUGUUAAGGAACUUGAUUGACCCACGACUAAUUCUGACCAAACUAUAACCAGCUGUAGAGCUUUUACAUGGUGAAACAUAUUACUUCCAUUCCAGUAUCCAAAAUGCGCUUUGGAAAGACUUUCUCAAUGUUAUUAAGGAAUACUAGGUGAAAUGACCUUAACUGAUCUUAAGGAUCAAACGGCCAAACAGGUGAGCAGAAUCAGAGUUUCCAGAGUUUACCUCAGUCCAUCUUGAGAGCAGACCGAUUCGGAUUCGACUCAGAUCGCAGGUUCUGCACGAAGUCACGCUCACAGUUGCCACCCUCUAGCACAACUUUAGCCUCCCCGGAGAUGCUAGCCCAGCAAAUGACCAAACGUUGGAAGCCUCUUCAAACUGAUAAUCAUUUCCUUUUUGAGACAAGAUCCUCCUGAUCGUGAUCAGGCUGAUCUUAAUACUGCAGUAGCUCAAGCUUAGGGGUCUCUCCCUUUAGAAAUUCCGUGGGUUUGAGCUUACCUGGGGAACUCAGCUCCAGCACCAUUAGGCUCAGGACUGAUUCACCCCAAGGAAAGGAGGUUGACCUCUUCUACCUCAAACGAAUCUUUCCGCAGACGCAGGAUGGCUAGGUUUGGUAGGCUCCCAAGGACUUGUAUGGUGGCACCAUGAUCUGAUAUCAUGGAGCUCCGCAGCUUGAGCUUGGCCAGGUUUUUGAGCCCACCAUUGAUCCAUGCUGGCAAUCUGACCAGAUUGCCGUACAGCUUCAGGCUCUCAAGGUUUUUCAGAGGCGUAGACAGACCAUCCAAGCAGCCAAAUAAACCAGGCUUCCCCUCAGACUGCACCUACAAUGUUUCUAGGGAGCUGAGACUAUAAAGGGCCGAAUAUAGCUCUCCACUGUCGCUGUCAUUGACGUCUGUCACUCCCAGCUUGUGCAGCCCGGUGAGACUCGCUACCUCUCGGAGAGUGGCCUUCCUCCUCGAGACAUUAAUGACACCCAGUGUGUGCAUCUCUUUCGAGUCUGUGGAUCCCUCUGGGCACCGUAAUACUGUGUGGGCUCUGGCGUGUCACUUGCCAGAAAACACCCCUAGAAAAGGGGAAAAAAGUUGAGUCCUUGGAGGUCCUUGCAGAUGCCCAACGUUCUAUUGUCUAAAAACCAGUGAUGCUGAGGUGAAUCCAUCGGAGCCAGAACACACCAUUAGGCUUUCUGAGUUGAUGAGAGGACCGACGCGAACGCCAGUGACCUGGGAUUGUCUCUGGGUUUCUUGGAUCCCAGAUCCAUCGCACCACUCCGACCUCGUUGGAGAAAGACGCCAGAUCAGCCCUCCAACAGACGCUUGCCCAGUUCUAGCGAAGCAAACACCUCCCACAUGCCAGCAUUGUUGCCAACCAGGAUGAUAACCACUGGCCAUGCUCCUGAAAUAAUCUUCACAAACUCCACCACUGUGGUGAAGGAGACGCCGCAGCAACAGGGUUGGAAUCAGAAGAUAACAUACACUGGCACGCGGCAACACCUGAAAACUCUAGACCCGCCGCCCUAGAGGAAUGACGGAAGACAAACCCCAUGAGAACUCCUUGUCGCUGCCUCCGCCAUGGACACCGUGAGGUGGAUCUAGAGUCGCAGGAGACUUAUUCUACACGUUGCCGCCACUACCACCGGAGCGCCGUCACAUGACACACCGACCUUGACCCUAACUAUGAGGCCAAAGCAGAGGACUACUCUCCCCCCUCCCUCCUGCCGCCGCAGCGGCAAGCAGAGGGAGAGGGGACCAACUGCCUCAUCGGCGGAGAUCAGGAGGAGCAGAGUCACCUUCCUAUUUGCCUCACUCUUGUGUUAGAG